AUGUUUUCGUUUUCCUUUCCAGAUUGUUCUAGUUGUUACUUUGAAAAAUACCAAGAUUUACCAACCAGAGGAGCUCUCGCCGUGGAACAUUUCACCAUUAAUGGAAGUCUUUUUCUAGCGUUCGCCAACUUUAAAAGUGACACCGCCGAAAAAUACAACACAGAUUCUUUUAUCUACAAGUUCAACGAUUUAACUGGGAAAUUCUUUCUUUACCAGACCAUAGGCACACAUGGAGGGCACGACGUAGAAUAUUUUACAAUUUCUGGUGAACAUUAUCUUGCCGUUGCUAAUGUUAAUGAUGGAACUACGCACAAACUAAACUCAGUUAUUUAUCUUUGGAAUGGAACAUCGUUUUUUGCUUUUCAAAACAUUGCAACGAAAGGCGCAGCCAGCUUUAAUUUUUUUACAAUAGCGAAAGAACCUUUUCUUACUGUAUCCAAUCUCUACGGUGAUGUUUCGCAAAAAACCAACUCAACCAUCUACAAGUGGAAAAACAACAUGUUUGAAAAGUUUCAGGAGAUAGCGACAGAGGGAUGUCGUGCAAGUGCUGCGUUUGUAAUUAACAAUGAAAGCUACAUUGCCUUUGCAAACGCGGUCACACAUUCGAACCUGGCAUCAUCAGUCGUCUAUAAAUGGUCGGGGAAGCACUUCACCAAAUUUCAGACUCUUCGAACGAAUAGAGCAAUGGAUGUAAAGUCCUUUUACAUCAAUGACCACGUUUUUCUAGCCAUAGCCACUUCGGCAAAACAUAUCAACUCCCCCUCGUUCAUUUACAAGUGGAAUGGCAGACAGUUUGUCCUUUUUCAGUCCAUUCCUACCUUUGGGGCCAGGGCCUGGUACCCAUUUGUCAUAUGCGGUCAAACGUUUCUGGGUGUGGCUAAUCAAAAGGAGAUAUUAGGUUCCCGGAACAACAUAAGGUACAACAUAAAGUCAGUGGUGUAUCGUGCUUCUGGGGACCAGUUCACUGCAUAUCAAAAGAUUUCAACCUUUGGAACGACUGAUAUGACGUCAUUUGAAUACAAGGGUUACACUUACUUGGCAAUUGCAAAUUCAUGGAAUGACGACAACCAAAGAAACAUUAACAGCACGCUGUACAGGUUGACCUAA